ACAAAGGAGCACCUUUGCACUUUGUGGGUUUUUUCUGCAGACCGUGUGCCUAGACGUGGCAAGGUGAGGGGUUUGUCUGUUGUGAGGCAUGGUUCUAGCCUGAUCCUGACUGUGUGACCUUAUUUCACAGGGGAUCAGCUGGGCACAAUGGCACAGAAGGGUCAACUCAGUGACGAUGAGAAGUUCCUCUUUGUGGACAAAAAUUUCAUCAACAGCCCAAUGGCCCAGGCUGACUGGGUGGCCAAGAAACUGGUCUGGGUCCCGUCAGAGAAGCAGGGCUUUGAGGCAGCCAGCAUCAAGGAGGAAAAGGGCGAUGAGGUGGUCGUGGAGCUGGUGGAGAAUGGCAAGAAGGUCACCGUGGCCAAAGAUGACAUCCAGAAGAUGAACCCUCCCAAGUUCUCCAAGGUGGAAGACAUGGCAGAGCUGACAUGUCUCAACGAGGCUUCAGUGCUGCACAACCUGCGGGAAAGGUACUUCUCAGGACUCAUCUAUACCUACUCCGGCCUCUUCUGCGUGGUUGUGAACCCCUAUAAGCAGCUGCCCAUCUACUCGGAAAAGAUUGUGGACAUGUACAAGGGCAAGAAGAGACACGAGAUGCCUCCCCACAUCUAUGCCAUCGCAGACACGGCCUACAGAAGUAUGCUGCAAGAUCGGGAGGACCAGUCCAUUCUCUGCACAGGCGAGUCUGGAGCAGGCAAGACAGAGAACACCAAGAAAGUCAUCCAGUACCUGGCUGUGGUGGCCUCGUCCCACAAAGGCAAGAAGGACACCAGCAUCACGCAAGGCCCAUCUCUUGCCUACGGAGAGCUGGAGAAGCAGCUUCUACAAGCAAACCCGAUCCUGGAGGCUUUUGGUAACGCCAAAACUGUCAAGAACGACAACUCCUCGCGAUUCGGCAAGUUCAUCCGAAUCAAUUUCGACGUCACCGGUUACAUUGUCGGAGCCAACAUUGAGACCUAUCUGCUGGAAAAGUCUCGAGCGAUUCGUCAGGCGAGGGAUGAGAGGACAUUCCACAUCUUUUACUAUCUGAUUGCUGGAGCCAAGGAUAAGAUGAAAAGUGACCUGCUUUUGGAGGGCUUCAGCAAUUACACGUUUCUCUCCAACGGCUUCGUGCCCAUCCCGGCUGCCCAGGACGACGAGAUGUUCCAGGAAACGCUGGAGGCCAUGUCUAUCAUGGGUUUCAGUGAAGAGGAGCAGCUUGCCAUAUUGAAGGUGGUGUCGUCCGUCCUGCAGCUUGGCAACAUCGUCUUCAAGAAAGAAAGAAACACAGACCAGGCCUCCAUGCCGGACAACACAGCUGCUCAGAAAGUCUGUCACCUCAUGGGAAUUAACGUGACGGAUUUCACCAGGGCCAUCCUGACUCCCCGUAUCAAAGUUGGACGGGAUGUAGUACAGAAAGCUCAGACAAAAGAACAG